AUGUCUGAGAGGGGGACGCGGUCCGGAGGGGCUGCCCGGCGUUCUGGGCCCCAGUCCCCAUCUCCUACCAAAUCUCUGCGGAGAUCCCAGCGGAAAUCAGGCUCCGAUCUCCUCAACACCCUCCCUGAAAUCUGGCCGAAGGCACCCCCUGCGGCCCCGGUCCGAAAGGCCAUCGUCUUGAAGAAGAUCGUGGCUCAUGAGGUCGAGAUCCCAGCUGUCCAUUCGCCUCGAAGGAGCCCUAGGAUCGCUUUUUUGUUAGAGAAAGAGAACAACCCUCCUACCAAGGAACCUACUAAGGAGGACCUCUUCAAGACGUGUAGCACACCCGUCACCCCAACCACCACUCCGGUGCUGUUACCCCUGAAUGUCGAGUCCAGCCCCAGGAGCGGAGACCUGGAUACCAGAGACUUGGAAAUGUCUAAGAAAGUCAGGCGAUCCUACAGCCGGCUGGAGGCCCUUAGCUCCACCUCCACCCCAGGCCGCCGCUCCUGCUUUGGCUUUGACGGGUUGCCGGUGGCACAAGAAUUUGCCAGAGUCUCACCUGUGGUGUGUUCGAAGUCAUUCGAGGUCACUGGCGUCUCUGUGAAGCCCUGGGCCCCAGACACAACUCUCCCCGGGAUCUCCCCACCAGCCAUAAAAGAGAAACGAAAGAAGAAGAAAGUGCCCGAGAUCCUGAAAUCGGAGCUGGAUGAGUGGGCUGCGGCCAUGAAUGCUGAGUUUGAAGCUGCUGAGCAGUUUGAUCUCCUGGUUGAAUGA